CAUACACAUGCGACUUCCUAGCAGUGGAGUGGAGUAGCUUUCACGUGGCUCACUGUGCUGAAAAUUAUUCUUUAACAUUAGAAAUUUUACCUUGGUGUAAUCAUGCGACCGUUAACUGACGAAGAAACAAAGACAAUGUUUGAAAAGCUAUCAAAAUACAUUGGUGAGAAUAUCAAACUCUUGAUAGAUCGACCGGACGGAACAUACUGUUUCAGACUUCAUAAUGAUCGCGUCUAUUAUAUAAGUGAGAAAAUUCUGAAAUUGGCCACAAACAUCUCACGAGACAAGCUGAUAUCCAUCGGCACAUGUUUUGGAAAGUUCACAAAGACACAUCUGUUCAGACUGCAAAUCACUGCUCUGGACUUCCUUGCUCCCUAUGCAAAGUUCAAGGUUUGGGUGAAACCUGGAGGAGAACAAUCCUUUCUGUAUGGAAAUCACAUCAUGAAGUCAGGUCUGGGUAGGAUAACAGAAAAUACUGCUCAGUACCAGGGAGUAGUGGUGUACUCUAUGGCUGAUGUUCCUUUGGGAUUUGGUGUUGCAGCAAAGACUACACAAGAAUGUCGGCGAGUGGACCCAAUGGCCAUUGUUGUGUUUCAUCAAGCAGAUAUAGGCGAGUUUAUUCGAAAUGAAGACAUGCUAACAUAAUGUGGAAAUUGGGACAUGAAAUGGACUCCUCCGCAGCUGUUUGUGGUCACCAGUACUUUCAGGAGACGGGCGGCCAUAAAGGACUGAUCAAGUGCUUAGUUGUUUUGUUCCACCAUUACAUACAAUGGUAUGACCACUGGUUAGUUAAUACUUGACUAUUAUUUGUUAAGCUCUUUUUGAGGCUUGCUGCACAACUUGAUGCAAAUGUUGGUGUUCUUUAAAUCACAUUUUGUUUAGCACAUUUAAGCAUAGUGUGUAAAACCGUGAAAGUGUAAAUUUAAUUCUCAUACUUGCAUUUGGUUAUCUUUGUCAAAAAUGGGAAUAUGAAGAUACUUGCAUAUUUUUUUCAAUCAACAUUCAGAUUAAACAUCUGCCCAUCA